ACACACACACAGUCAGUUACCUAGGCAGCAGUCCCUGAUGUGUAGUGCACACCCGACUCAUUUAGGAGGAUCCUACAGUUCUCAACCAUAUGGCACAAGUCUUGGGAGUCGCAGCCUAGCUUUUCACAGAACAUCCAAAGUCUCUGGUUCAAUCCUUCCACUUGACUUGGAAUCAGGGGGCCACUAUCAGUUCUGGGACAAUGCUGUAAAUUGUGAGCUUUGUUGAAACUCGGUGCGCAAGACUGGUGUUCUCAGGCUUAUCUGCUAGUCACUGGAAUGAUCCAACCAUGACCUUGGAGUACAAACAACAGGCAUUACUUGUUCCAAUGUGUGUCACAGUCUGCAGUUAAUUGCAGUCUGUUUCUUCAACGGCUGCUGAAAUAGCCUCUUCAGCGUUUUGACUGAGGCCUCCAGGCAUACACACUGGGUGCACCUGGUGUUGAUUUCUGUUCCUUGCUGCCAUUUCUCUCAGGAAUAGCAUUAUUUGCUGUACAUUUGAAUGGCCGACGAUUAAUAGAUUUUCUUGCUCUUGACCCAAGACAAAGCAGGUUUCCCAACAGGUGAAGCGAGUCCCACUGAGCUAGUUUCAGAUCGGUAUAACAGCCUCGGUCCUCACAGUUUCUGUCCACCCUGUGGAGGAUGCUACUACUUGCAUACCACACAGUCAAGUGGAUGAGUAAUGACAGAUCCCACACUUCCUGCAAAGGAGACAGGAUCCGCAGGAGAGGAUAGUACAUGAAGUACCUCUGGUAAAUUGACUCCUGUGAGCCGUCCCAACAUACCAGUUUGCAGCAGCUGCCAAUCAUUUGACAGUAAUAAGAGCAAUUUCCAGCUGCUUACAAAUGUCAGCUAACUCAUCACAUGUUCGAGUAUGGCAUUCAGUGAGCCUGCAUUGUGGAUGGUGCAGUGUUUUCCAGGACACUGGGCCAUUCUUUGUUUUGGGAUGAUAACACCAGUGAUAAGAGUACUUCAGGUGGGACCAAUGACUUAUGGUCGUGCCUGUCAUCUACAGAGAAUACUGGCAAAAGAACACAUAAAUGGCAACCCUCAGCUUGCUGGUACAUUAAUUCUUGUUGAACAUCCACCAGUGUAUACCAUUGGCAUCCGGAAGAGGGAGGAGUAUGCUCAAGAUCAGUCACGUCUCUGUGCACUGGGUGCAGAAUUCCAUGUAGUGGAUCGUGGAGGCUUGGUUACAUUUCAUGGACCAGGUCAGAUGGUAGCUUAUCCUGUGCUUAAUCUCCGCUUUUGGAAAGGAGGUUUACGAUCAUAUGUGUCUAGGUUGGAGAAUACUGUAAUACACACAAUCAGUAAUGGAUUUGCACUGCAAAAUGUCGAAGCGAGGCCUGCACCAUACACUGGCGUCUGGCUUGGUAAUGCAAAAAUUUGUGCUAUUGGGGUACGAGCAAGUCGCCAAGUUACAACACAUGGACUAGCACUCAAUUGCUGCGUAGAUUUGGACUGGUUUAAGCACAUCAUUCCUUGUGGACUUGAAGGCUGUGAAGUAACCUCAUUAUCUCAACAGUUAAAACGAAAAGUUGAGAUUGAGGAAGUGGUACCUUAUUUCCUUACUGCUUUUGCUACUGUCUUUCAAUGCCAUCUUGCAGAUUAUCCUGCAGCAGAGAAACGGAAACUAUAUGUAGAAAUGUGAAAGAACUGACCUUAUGUUGUGAAACUCAUGCUUUGUAUUUAUAAAAAUAAAUGAGAAAUGUGUUGUUCUCCCACCUGUUUGCUGAGGGAGGGAAUAAUUCUUCAUUGGUCUCCCCUGGGAUGCAAAAUAUCUGAUGGAGAUCUAAUGAAUGAUCUUGUCUGUUAUGUAAUGUGUGAGGUUUUUGCAACAUUUAUUUUCGUUACAGUCAACUGUUUUGUUUUGAUAGAAUACAUAAAGAUUUGUUUUGUAAUCACUUGUGUAUAAAUUGGCUGAAAAUGUAAUUUCCUUGUAUUACUAAGUUUCAAACAUUAAGCAAGAAAUGAGAAACCAAUAUGAGCAUACUCUGUGAUGAAAUAUCUGAAACAGAAGGAAAGAAUACUACCUGGUUCUUUAGCAACUUACUGAGAUCUGAAGAAAGAUGCGCUCAGCAUAUACAAUAAGUGUUGAACACUGUGUAGGCUUAUAAACAAGGUGCUAAUGACAGUAAAACAGCUUGCAUUUUUCUA